AUGGAUGAUGGACAGUUUUGUCUUCGAGAUUGGGCUACAAAUGCUACUCGUGCAUCUCUAGAGAACACUAUUAUGUAUACAUAUUAUAGUCUAUGGGGAAUUAUGUUCUUUAUCUCUUUUGCUGUUUUGCCAUUUGUUUACUUUGCAUAUGAAGAACAGGAUGAAGACGAUCAAAAUAAUGGAAAUGUAUGGCUGCGUGCAUUGGUAUUCACCCUUGUUUUUCUGCUGGCUUUAUCUGCACUAUUGUUAAUUGGAGCAUUUCUCCCUUUUGUUCCUGCCCCUGCUAAAAAUUCAACAACCUGGCAGGAAAUAGAUUUUAUUGUCGAUUCACUUUCUGAAAAUAAAGGGAAAGAUGCUCUUGGAUUUACUUUGCAUGUUCUAGCCAUAUAUGGAAUGUUAAAUUUGGUUAUAUAUACAGGAUUUGGGCUGGCUUCGUUUCCUAUUACUUUGAUGAAGGGCUUUCGACCUCUUUCUGAAGAAGAAGCAAUACUUUCUGAGAGCCAAGCAACUACUCAAACUAGAAUUAAUGCUUUACGUAGAAAGCAAUCAAAAUACUCCUUGAGUUCUCAGGAAACUUCUCAGCUUGCUCAAUUGGAAGAGGAAGAGAAUUUGUUUUCCCGAAGGUCCCAGCUACUGGAUUCUGAAAGGCAAAGCUUCUGUUAUAGGUUGACCCCUAUUUUAAGAAUAAUAAAUGCCAUUUGUGGCAUUGUUGGAAUGUGUUUUUCAAUUUUACUGUGGAUUUCCUUACUUCUAAACAAUAUUGAUAAACUUAUAAAUUCAAUUGGAUUUCAACAUGGCUACAUUUUAGUAAAUGGUACAUUGCCUAAACCAGUGGAUUAUCUUAUGCUGAAGAGUCAAAAGGUCUUUCCUUUGGAUUACAUUUUCUUUUUCAGUAUUAUAAUUUAUCUGUUGUUGUGUACUAUUUCUGCAAUGCGGUCUCUUAAAGUUUGCUGUUUUUGCAUCCCUAUGUAUAGAAUUAGACCUGGAAGAUCUCAGCCUCAGGGCUUGAUAUUGUUGAGUUUUAUCCUAAUAUUUACUGUCUUAGCAUUUCAUAUCCUUAUGUUUUCUGUCACUCCUGAUUAUGCUACAUUUGGACAUCAAAACUAUUGCUCAAUGCAAAAUGGAACCUGCUUUGGUGAACCGUGUUCAUUGAAGAUUCAAUCAGGCGAGUGUCUUAAGACAAGAUCUGGAACCUUUAUUCUUGCUUUUGCCUACAAAGCUUGGCUAUUCAGCGUAUUCUUCUUUUGGAUGUCCUGGGGUGUGCUAGCUAUGUUUCUCAUCAGCCUGGUUGUAAACUUAAAAAGGUCUAGAAGAUCAACCUUAGAAGAAGCCAUUGAUAGAGAUGAUUUCGAUGAUAGUUAUGAUGAUCGUUUGUUGAGUGCUUAAUCUUGUUGUUCAUACUAUUAUGUCAUACUCUUACCUAUAGUAGAUCAUCGUCUAUUUGCACAGCAUUCCUCGCGAUUGUCUAAUAUGGUGUAAGGAACUUGAAUUUGAUGGCACUUUGAGGGUUUGGUAGAAAUCCCUAUUUUUCCCUAAAUAGGAAUGAGAAAUACGGAUUUUUAUUACAGUGCAUCACAAUCAUCUACUUGAUUUUUUUUCUUGGAAUGUUGGCAGGCAUGUAUUUAGUUUCAACCAGUUUUUGUUUCCUUUUAUCUUAAAAGAAAAUUGCUAUGCAGUUUAUUUUUUUAGCCAGAUGUUAUUUGUGGUCAAAUAGAAAAGAUUGUAGGAUUUGAUUGAAAAAUUGGUAUAUAAUAAUGUUCAUAAUAAUAGAAGUAGAUUCUGAAAUAAAUAAAAUAAAGUAAAAUUUGAUGGACUAUAAAUGUUCUCAUUUGUUUUUGAUGCUGAAUAGAGCCAUUUUUCUGUACAAAUGAAUACAAUGAAUUGUGUACAAAAAAUGACUUUUUGCCAGUUACGUAUUAAAAGUUGAAGAAACUAAAAUAUUUUAAAGUGUGAAUUUACUAUUUUACGAACAGUUAUUUGGGACAGUAAAUCUUUGAGCCUAGCAAAUUUUUUCUUCAAAAGAAUCUACUUUUUUUAUGAGCAUUUCUGAUACACCAAAUUUUUAACAAAAUCUUACUACCUUUUCUUUUAUCUGCGAUAUUUUUAACUGCUAAAUUUUACCUUGUGUGUUAGUUUAUAUUUGCUAUGCUUUUAGGUAAGACUAUUAUGAAUACCAGAUGCAAUAAUCUGGUUUUCAUCAUGUUGUAAAUAAUUUUUAUGCAUGAAAGGUGGGAAAACUCUAAUCAAUUAAUGUUGUUGUGUUUUAUGGAAUUUGUUUCAUUGUGCUUUUAGAGUACUAUCUGUUGUUAUAUGUGUUAAUCAUCAUUUAUUUUAUAUAUAUAUAUAUAUAUUUUUUUUUUGCUUUAUAAUUACCAGCGGCCCGUCCUGACCUUGUUUGGGUUUAAGAAAAGCUAUCUAUCUUUAAAAAAUAUUAUGCUGUAACUUUUAAUUUCAAGUUUAAUAGUAAGCAACAUUUUUUGUUUGGUUUUUAUGAGAUUUGAAAAGAAAAAUGAUUUACCUCAUUUCCUGAACAAGCGAAACCAAAAUAUAAUUCCCAUUGAACAAUACAAUCUUCCAGUUUGGACCAUUGUACGACAUACCGUAAAGUUGUACGUUUGAACUUCGGAUUUGAUGAUUGUGAUGGUAUAAGAAAAUUUCAUUCGAAAUUGUAUUCACUUAAAUUGGAAAAGUAAAUAUGCAGGGACCAUGGCAAUGCAAGAAAUGUGAGCGAACUGAUCUACUGCUGAUGCUGUAAGAACAACACUCAAUCAUAUUAUUCCUUAGUGCUUUUAAUUGGGGUCUAAUUCCAUUGCAUAGAUUAGGCAAAUUAAAGUUGUGCAAUAAAAUUAUUGGAAUAUCGCCUUUAAUUUUUAAACCAUGAAGAUAAGUCCCUCUCCUACAUCCAUGUGUAAUUUUUUUGGCAAAGAGUCAUGGUUUCAGGAUAGACAUUGCGAAGCAAAUUAUUUAGAGAGAAUUUCCAAACUUGUAUAUUUGAUAAGACAUCCUUUUCCAGGUAUUUUCCAGUUACUUGUAAUAAAAGACUCUAGUAAUGCUUACCACAUUUCUUAAACAAACUCUUAUAGCUGUUCAUAAGUCAGAGAUUGUAAAGGGCUGCAAAAAGGAGACAACUUCAAUUAGGAUUGAAGUAUAUCUGCACCCGUUCCUCUAGGGCAUCACAGGAAAAGUUUGAUUAAAGUCACCUCCAAAUACAAAAGUGACACCUGUCAUAAUUUUAUCUGAACCUUUUUAUCCUUUUAGGGUUAUAUCUAUGGUUUCUAUAGCCAAGGAGAAUAUUGUGGAACAUACGGAGUCUUUCUGGAGGAGAUAUUCAAAGUAGUUUAAAUAAGGAAUAGUCUGUUUUUGAACCACUAAGUAAAGUCCCGACAGUUCCUUAAAAAAACAUCUCAAAAGCAAGUAUGCCUGUUGAUCGAUAUUUGACUAGUGUUGAAUUUAUUAAGUUUUCCAGUUCCACCAGGUAAGCCGAGAAAUAUUAAUUUGCGUUCCUGGUUUUCAUAGACGAAUCUUGUUUUUAUAGAAUUGUUUUCAUUGAUUCUCUGCGGCAGUAGCAAACUAAAGUCCCUUGCCGGAGUUUACGCUUUAUUGACAAAUUUUGCCUUUUUUUUAGAAAUUAGAUUUUGGUUUAGAUCGUUUGACGUUGAAUGACAAUCUUAUUAUUUUUGCUGACGCUCUCCUUGCAAUAUGUCGUCACAGAGAUCUUUUUUAAAUGUUUGCAAUAAAGCAAUAAGAUCUAAAAUUUGUCGUAAAAGUUAAAAAGUUAUUAACUAUUCACUGAUUUUAGGAGGGGAGUCAGAAAAUUACAUGUAUCAAAUAAAGUUUGUUUCCAAAGUUUUGUUUUCCUUUGUUCGACCGAGUUCUGUACAUGCUAAUUGAUAAGUUGGCAGGACCUUUAACUGUCAAAAGACUUUGGAAAUACAUUGGACCACGAAAAUGUUCUAAAUGAAAUCUGAAGUAACAAAAUACCAAUUGGAUAGUAGGAUGAGUAUUGUAUCUUCUACUAAGAGGUGAGUCUUUUUCAAUCCUGGGAUGAAUUUUAACCUCUUUUACUCAUUUUCUUCAGAAAACUUGCUUUUUCACAUGCCUCUGUUUCUUUAUUUUUUGGUGAUUUCUUUCUGAUAUUUUCUGAUAAUAAACUUGUUAGCUAUGUUAUUUAAUUAUAUCAUUUUAAAUGCUUAAAUACAGUCAUCAUGAAGAAUAUUUCUACAAAGAAUUUUUCUUUAGUUUUUCCUUUUUAUCAAUUGCUUUCCUGCCGAAUAUUCUUUGUUCGUCAUUGUUUCAACUCUUAACUUUGAAUCUGCGAUUCUUAUGUGCAAUUAUUCUUUGAGUUGAGAAUUUUCUAUUCUAAAUGUACUUAAGUGAAUUUCUUAGACGUUUUUCAUUUCAAUUUUAGUAUGAAAAAAAAAAACCCUAAAAGGAUAGCCCGAAAAGCAUGCAAAUUUACAACUUUUAGAAAUAUGGAUUAAAAUCGUCUAAUUUGCACUACUUCAAUUCAGAAACUAAUUCACCCGAAGCGAACCUCAGUUAUUUAUUUAAAUAAAUUUUGACACAUAAACAUUCUGUAACUCUAAGUGGUUUUCAAUGCCCAAGGCUAUUAUAAAGCUACAUGCCCUAUCCUCUGAAGUCUCAAAUACAUGUAAAGCUUUUUGUGACUCAUAUGCUGCCAACGUGAUUUUAUUUUCUUCCACGUAAUUCUAUCCCUCAACAUUCAUUCAGGAACCUUCAACCAUGCUGUUAUUUUAAACGCGGUACAAUGGGUGUUUGUUUUUACGUUCAUAAGAAUAAAACAGUAUGAAACAUAAACUAGUAGCGUAGACAAACUAUUGGUUAAAAAAAUUAUUAUAAAUACAUAUAUGCAUGAUUUAUACAUAGCCCAGUGUGUAUUUACGUAUGAGCUUACUGGGCUAUAGCCCAGGGCGGCAUGAUGAUGGGAGCGGCACUUUUUCCCAUACCUUUUUUUAACCAAAAAAACUUUUUUAGUCAUAAGGCCAUAGGAGUGGCCUUUCAUGGGUUUUUUCAUAGGAUGACCAACCAAUUUUAUAUUUACAUACUAACUGCACAUUUUUGCACCUCAAAUCAAUUUUAAAUUGCAAUUUGCUAACUGUAAAACAGUACAUUAUUAUUAUUACAUUACAUUUAGCAAUAUCUAAAACUUUAGAAACUUGUGUUAUUUUUAAAGUUUGACAUUCUUAUGAAUAAUCUUAGGGAAUAAAAAAAUUAAUUAAUUAAAUAAAAAUAUCAUCAAUUACAAAAAGUAAAUAAAGUACUAUAAUGAAAUGCUUCAAGAGGGUAAUUAUUAUUACUUAGAAUUAGCGAUUAUAAUUUUGUUAGUUAAAUGUUGAUUAUUAUUAUUGCAUUUCAAAUUUGAUUUUGAGCAGAUUCCUUAAAAAAUGAUUUAAAUAAAAAAAAAGCUGACUCAAAUUAAAAAAAAAAAAACAGAUUUAAGUAUUAAAAAGAAAUUGUUUCCCCUCCCCCCAACUCUCUAAAUUAACACAACAAGAGGGCAGCCAGUUUCAAAAGCCCGGGGCGCCUUCACAUCCAAGUACGCCACUGACAUAGCCUAUGUCACUCAGUAAGAGUGCACGUUUCAUAGAGUGAAAGAAUUUUUCAAAUAAUUGCAAUGGUUCCGGAGAUUAUUUCGAAUAUAUAAACACCCAAAAAUCCGCUCUCUCUCUCUUUAUAAUAUUAGUAUAAAUGUAUAAAAGAUAUCUGGGCAAUUCCACACAUAAUUGACAUACAUUUUUGAAGCAAAACAAUACAUAUUUUGUAACAUUCAACGCAAAAUAUAUGUUGUGCAAACAAUCUUUUGCCCUGGAAUAUUGUACUUUCUAAGCUGAAUUUAGUGGUUAUAAUUGAAUUCCUGAAGUACAUUUUUGAUGAUUUUUAAAUAUUUAUUAAAAACAUGUUAAUUGACUGACAUUUUAAAAAGAAAUAUAUCAGUCAGUUACCUUGCUUUCAACAAUUUUUUUUAAAUCGUCCAGAAUGUAUUUUGAGAAUUCAAUUGAAUCGGCAGAUUUAAGAAAGGAAUAAAAACCAAAAAUUACCCCCCCUUUUUUUUUGCUACAUAAAAUAUCUCCUAGCUUUAACCUACAUGUGGGUGGUAAGAAAUAAAUAAAAACUAUUCCCAAGAGAUAGUUAUAGACCAUUGAAUAGUGUAAGAAGGUCAGGUGUAAGAAGGAAACAAAUCCCGGAUUUAUUUCUUUCUUAGAACUCAUAAUUAAUUGGUCCGCUAGGUUGCAGCACAAGUAGUUACUCCAAAAAAUGUGUCCUUUUGACCCUGCAAUCCAGCAAUAUAUAAAUCAAAAUAAAGCAAAUAUUUCUUCGUUUGAUUAUAAUCUAGAGAAAAAAAAUCCCUUCUAUGAGAUGUUUCGUCAGCAUUUUGUGACGAGUUAUCAGAAAAGCUUAUUUUUUGUUCAUUGAAAUAUGUGUGAGUAUAUUUAAAAUUUAUUUCCAGCCAUUUUUUCCCCUAGCUUGAUUAAUUGAGCAUUGGGCUUAAAUGGGACAUAUUAAAGGGACUUGAAUGUUCUACUGUGGUAUUUUUGCAUUAAUUAUGUUAAAAUCUUUACCAAAAUAACGCUAUCUUUUAAACUGUUUUUCUUCAUUUAUUCAUCAUUUAUUUUAGUUAGUUUUAUACAUUUUGAUAGUGUUUUUAUUUUAUGUGUACUGUUUGCUACUUAAGUAAAAAUGUUGUUUAAUUUGUCAUUUGAUUUUUGUGAUUAUAGUUUUAACUUGUAUGAUUAGCUGAUGCUGGUUGGGAUAUCAACAUGCAUUGAAACUUCGUUAAUGCAAAAAUCAUGAGACCGUGAUAAAUAUUUCAUGUUAACUGGAUCUGAUCUUAUCCUAUAAAUUACUAAGUUAUUGUUAACUCGCUAAGCCAAACUAGUGUUUCAUGUUAAACAAUUUCACAUUAUCAAACUUUGACUUCGCAGCCACAUAAGACGUAAUUGCAUGAAUCUCAAACAGCAUAUUUAGAAAUGAAUGUUAUAAAAUAAAUGUUAUAUUAUGAAUUACUUUUAAGAUUUAAAAUGUAUAUCUUGGGUCUAAAGAAAUUAGAGGUAUUUUUUUUACCACUAAAACUUAUGGUUUUACAAUUUAUUUUUAUCACUUUUUGAAGCUCUGUCUUAGCCUACGAAGACAUUUUAAAAACAUAUUUUUCAAACAGUAGCAUAUGGUUUUUUCAUUUUGAUUUCCUGCAAAAUAUUAAACUAUUAUGCUUUUUGUAAAAAUUUGAGAUGUGUAAAAUUACCUAUACAAGCUUUUAUACCAGCGAUCGGCAACCUAAAUUCUGUACCGAUCUACUUUCCAAGUUUGGUGAUCGUCAAGAUCAGAUCAACUUCCGGGGGGGGGGGGGGGGGGAAUCUCCCCGCUCUGUGGCAUUGGUGAAAUGUUGUUCGAAGCAGUGUUUUCUUACUUUAAAAAUUUACAACAUUUGAAACAAGUUUGAUCUGUUAAUUCAGUUUUCCUUUUGUGGACAUUUUUCAAUAGCAAAAGUAAGAAAUAAAUAUUUCUCUCAAUUAUUAGAAGUUGGGGCAUUUCCAGCUUCCAGCGAUAAUAAAAAGUUCUGGAAAUGUUUUGAAUAACUUUUGUCUCAGAAGUUCAUUUAAAUUCUUUUGCAGAAAAUAAUGUUUUUUUAAUGAUACUCUGAGAAGAAAAAAGAAAGUUCCAAAAUAUUGUGGGGAUCGACUGAAAAUGGGCUCGAGAUCGACCGGUCGAUCACGAUUGACGGUUUGCCUACCGCUGUUUAUACUGUUUUAAUGUAGUAGAAAAUUUUGAAAUACAUUUAACUUUGAUUUUGCUAGUAGUGUCUAAAAAUGAUUUAUUCUGUCUUAGUUAUGUAAUGAAAGUGAAUAAAAUUGUUUGAUAUAAAAUAUCUCCUUACUUGCAAGAAAUAAAUUGAA